ACUCGGAUGUGCAUUGAUCGCCAUGAUCAUUAAAAGGCCGAAUGCUAGAUAGUCGAUAAUAACUCAUUGUGGCCAGCCUCUCCGACAUUGGUGGUGAAACAUUUCUUUAUCAAACAGCUACUCUACAAUAUUUGGCAUGGCCGGAACCAUAAAACAUGGUGAAGCCUUGCAUAAGGGGCUCCGCAGUGAAUGGCCGGACUUCAGCGCGCGAUAGGAGUUACUCUGACGGCUUGGCGUCUUUCCCCUCAAGGCGUGGUCGGACCCUGUCGUUAUUACUCAUACAUAUGGAGCAAAUGGUUUCGCCAGAGAAAUGGGAUUGUGGUGUCAGUGUCAUGCAUAAUCAAGAUGACAAUUACCGAUUGUAGGUCCUUGGCCAGGGUGUCAGCUCACCAGAUGUGACCAGAUAUGGCAUUUGAAAGUCUCGGAUAUACUGGCAACAAAUAUAAAACGCCGUAGCUGUCCCUUUGCAUACUUUAGUCGUAUCUCCCCCCUCCUGCGGCACAAUUAUGACUGAAAACAAGGAGCCACCUUUCAUCCCUCUUUUCAUAGGAGGCGCUUUUCGGCCAUUAACCACAGAUACAACUUUUGACGUUCGGAACCCUGCAACAGGGCAGGUUGUCGAACAUGCUGCUGCUGCAUCUGCUCAGGAUUGUCAGCUCGCGAUAGAGGCCGCGGGUAACGCAUUUGACUCCUGGAAAGCUACGACUCCUGGCUUUAAAGCAGAUAUUUUCCGCAAAGUUGCAGAUUUAAUCAUAACAGCUCGAUUCCAGGAGAAAAUCAUCCAGACAGCGACGCAGGAAACAGGUGUGCCUCCCGAAACGGGCGCACUUACAAAUAUCACCGCAAUCCGUGACUACAUCCUGGCCGCCGCAGAGGGCCCAUACGAGGCGAAGGGUGAGAUCCUUCCUUCGGACUUUGGCGCAAAGGUCUUCGUGGAAAAGCGGCCGUUGGGCGUAAUUUUCAUUAUUUCUCCUUGGAAUUCACCACUAGGACUCAGUCUCAUUACGACCUUACCGGCUCUGGCUGCUGGGAACACUAUCGUACACAAAACUUCCGAGAACAGCCCUGGAACCCAGCUCAUAGCUGCAGAGCUAUUGAAAGAAGCCGGUAUUCCGGAUGGAGUAUUCAACGUAAUUCAUACAGCAAAAGAGGAUGCCGGAUCACGAGUGGCCGAGAUUAUUGCUCAUCCCCUUGUUCGCAAGAUUGGUUUUACUGGGAGCGACCACAUCGGUAGGAUCAUCGCAACAGAGGCAGCCAAAUAUCUCAAACCAGUCAUUCUGGAAUUGGGUGGCAAGGCUCCAGCCAUCGUUCUCAACGAUGCGAAGAUAGACGUUGCAGCUCGUGGCAUUAUUGCCGGGGCUUUGCUACACAGUGGCCAACUUUGUCUCAGUACCGAGCGGGUGAUAGUACAACGCGAGGUUGCAGCGAAACUUAUCGAGUGCUUGAAGGCCGUCGCGUCAAAAUUGAAAGCUGGAGAUGUGAACUCUACCGAUGCCAGGUUGGGUCCGCUCUUCAAUGAAAAUGCGGCCAAGGAGGUCGUCAGCAUGAUCAAAGAAGCCGUAGACGGCGGAGCCCAGCUGUUGUUGGGUGAUCUGAAGCAUGACGGAGCUUUCGUUCAACCUCAUAUUGUUCUUGGCACGAAACCUGGGACCCGUCUUUGGGACAGGGAGUCUUUUGGUCCAGUUAUAACCAUUGCGAUCGUUGAUACUGUGGACGAAGCCAUCGAACUUGCAAACGCUUCGAGCUACUCACUCACUUCUUCAUUAUGGACGAGCGACAUGCAGAAGGCAUUCGAGAUAGCUAGCCGGAUUUACGUAGACAAGGUAAAUGUCAAUGGUAUGACGAUGAGCUCCGAACCCAGAUUCCACCAAGAAGGGAAGGGGGGUUCUUCGGGUUAUGGCAAGUUUUGCGUGGACAGCUUCCUUCAUACCCAGUUGAUCUCCUUCCAAGACCCGGAAAAGCAGAUGUUUCCUCUCGUUGACUUCUAAACAUUUAUGUCUUAUCGAGGUUAAUU